GAAUCUCACGAGUGGUGCAAAGCUGACGUGCAAAGCUGACGUGCAAGUAUCUCUCACGAUCACCGGAUGUGAGGCUGGCAUGGGCGCAACAGUCACGCAUCGUUGCAUACGUGACGUGUUGCCGCAGAGUUGACGCAGAGAAUGCUUUGCUGUCCCUUGGAUGCGGUGUCGAGCUUACGAACCAUGCGGAGGAAGCUGAGGCUGCAUUCGUUGGCGAUGGUGCCGACGACUCGAAAGGCCCCUGCCCCUUGCGCAUCCGAUGCAGCCAUUCCAAAUUUGAUGGCUAUGGAAGCGAGUCUCUGUCCCAUCGAGCGCAUGUCUGGGUAUUUGGUCCAGCACUUGUCAGAUGGGUGCAUGCGCUUCGCGCGUCGUCGCGUGGGCAUCGUCGGACGAUUGCUUGCAGCCAUGAGUACAGCGUUGCCAGAUCUGGAAGCACCUGGUUACACGUCGGCUUGGGCACAAAGUAGGGACCCCACAUCGACCAACUGCGACUCUUCAGGGCGCUUCGCAUUCCCUCAACAGCCAGCGCGCAUCGACCAGCAGCACAGCGAUGCGUUUCUCCGCAACCCCGCUUCAGCGAGAGUUGCUGCUCGCGGAGGCGCGCGCACGCGUGAUAUCGGGUUUCCGCUUGUUGGCAGAUGGGUGCCUUGAUAGCGCACCUUGAGCAUAUACUGGCGGUCUUGAGCUGUGUCAGUGUCAUCUGCGGCUGCAAGAUCUGACGCGUUCGAGUCGCUCGGUACACGCUGUGGUUGUUCUUCCUUCAGCAG